CUGCUACGACGUCAUCACGCAGCACAGUCAAGUGUCGUCAGUAGGAGCGAGCCCAGCAGCAAACAAGUGUAUCUAAGAUUACAGGUUAAAUAUCGGUGUGUCUGUGUUUUACCUGAGUCAAACAUGUACUACAAACUAAAUGGAGUAACGCAGCGGCUCACCGGUGCUCCUGCCGCCGCCUACUGCCCGCAGGGUCUGCGUCCCACUAUCCCAGCCGUCAGCCCUCCUAUGACCUUUGCAACUCCAACCAAGCUGGUGUCUGAAGCAGGAAGUCAAGUGGAAUAUCUGGGAGCCAACAAAGUCCCCCAUCUCCAGAAGGCCUUUCAGAUGUCUGACGGGAUCCCAGUCCACCUGAAGAGGGGUGUCAUGGAUAAGCUGCUCUACCGGACCACCAUGGGUCUGACUGUUGGGGGGGCGCUUUACUGCCUGGUGGCGCUCUACAUUGCCGCUCAGCCCAGAAAAUAGUGAGGCUGCAGAGUUGCCUCCCUCCGAUUGGUCAAGACGUUUUUUGAAAGCUGGCUGACAGACGACAAGGUGUUCAUCCACCAUUAAUGUUUCCUGGCUAAGCUUUCAGAGACAGACAAUUUACAGAGCUCUAAAAUAAAUAUUUUGUACAGAAAAGGUAUUAUUGAUGUGAAGAAAUGACAUUAAAAUUUAUUUUGUUUUAAAAGAA